AUGACAAUAAAAGAAAGUAUAGUAGAAGCAGUCAACGACACUUCAAUCGAUGACAAAACUAGAGUGAGCCAAUUGCAAUCAUUGCUAGUACAAUUGGAUGAGAAUUCACUUACUGAACUUGAAACCAGCGAUUAUCCAAUUGAAGACGUUCAUAAGAAAAUAAUAUCAUUAAUACAAUGUGAGAAUAUCAUGGUAAGGAAUCCACAUUCUCCUAGAAUAAAGGAACUUAUCCGAGAGAUUGUAUCCUUGCCAAUCUCGGUCAGUAUCGAUGAAAAUGAUUUCAAUAAUAUGUUUAUCAAAGUGAAAUAUAAUGACUUAAACACCGAUUUACAAUACUUGUUAAAUGAUAUCCAAUAUAAUAAAUUCACCGAAUUAAUCAACAAGAAGAUCAUUAAUGCGAAAUCUGUACCAACUUCAAACCCCAAUCACAAAGAAUUGACGUAUUUAUUAAAUUUGAAAAUCUUACAGCUUUAUUUGAUUUCAAAUUAUGACUUUAGAAAAGUCAAUAUUAUCAAUUACUUGAACGAGAACUUAAAUCUAGAAGCAUUGGAUCCUGAAACUACAGGGCUUUUUAGAAGUGCAUCCACAACUCCUUUUAUAAUGUAUGAAACAUUCAAUAGAAUCUUGCAACAUGACUUUCAAAACAAUUAUUUCUCAAUUGUUCAAACUAUGGAUAAAAGAAGGUUAAGUAUUAAUCUUCUCGAGAAUAAUAUUGUCAAAUUGGGCAAAUAUUUUAAAUCAAUAAAUAUUCAACGGAUUUAUCAAAUGUUUAACCUUUCUCCUCAAGAGAUUGAUCUUGAAGCUUUACUAUUUGAGAUGAUUUUGCAUAAGAAGUUAAGUAGUAACACCAAAAUUGAUCAAUUGAAGAAUUUAGUAGAGUUUGGAGAGGACGCAUCUAAAGAAAGUGCUAACAAGGAAACAAAAUUGAAUCAACAUGUUAAAGAAAUCGGAAAUAUAAUUAAUGAUGUAUACUUAAGAAUAUAA